AUGUCUCCAGCAUCUACCAACGUGUUCACGCUUUCACACCAGUCCAAGCUCGCGGACUUGCUCGCUGCCAACGAAAGAUGGUGUGAGCACAUGGAGGAAGAACACCCUCGUCUUCUCAGGGACUACAACGCACACGGACAGAGCCCACACACUUUGUUCAUCGGAUGUUCCGAUUCGCGCUACAACGAAGCGUGUCUCGGAGUCGUGCCAGGUGAGAUUUUCACAUGGAAAACGAUUGCCAACGUGAUCACUGAGAGCGACGCGACCUGCCGUGCGACGCUCGAGUUUGCCAUCAACGUGCUCAAGGUGAACAAAGUCGUUGUGUGCGGUCAUACGGACUGCGGCGGCAUUAACACGUGUUUGAGCAACAAACGUGAGUCUCUGCUCGAAAGCGGCACGUGCAACUCUCUACAUGCGUACUUGCAAGAUGUCGAUGACCUGUACCACGAGCACAAGCAAGAAGUAUUUGCACAAACGUCCGACGUCAAGGAGCAGAGUCGGCUAUUGUCGAAGCUGAACGUGCAAAAGCAGCGUGGCCGUCUGUUGGAGAUCAGCACCGUUAAGGACGCGCUUGCGCGCGGCGACAUCGAGGUGUACGGGCUUUUGUACGACGUCGGCACGGGCCGCGUCGAAGUGGUGUAA